UAAUACUGACCUAUUUGUUGCUUUUAGGAAUUCAGUUAAGAUGAUGGCAACUUUUACGCCAAGGAAGAGGAAACGAUACACCCUGAAUGAUGAUAAUGGUGAUAGCCUAUUAACAGAUACUUCAUCAAGAAAAUUAAAUUUAAACUCUUCUGAAAAUCUCUUUCCAUCACCUAAUAAAAAACAUACUUGUCAAAGCAGUGAACAAAAGGAAGGAAAGUCUUGCUCCUACCAAGACGAUUUCACUUCAAGUCCUCUCAAAAUAAUGGAAAGUAAUAGGUUGUUAUUUGCAAAUGACAGUUCAGUAGUUAAAUCUGUUGUGUCUACUGUAUCUUUCUACAAUAAAAAUAAACAAUACCUCAAUCCACUUGAGAGGAAGUUGAUAAGAGAGUGUAGGUCUAUUUGUCUAGCAACUGAAAAUGGAGAUAAAUCUUUUCCCAGUGUGACAGAAAAACAGAGAAAACCAGUCUGUACUAAGAAGAACAAAAAACCACAGAAAAGUUUAACUGCUAAAUAUCAGCCAAAUUAUAAGCGCAUCAAGUCUAUAUCAAGAAACAAUAAAAAUUCCAAGCCAAAUCAAAUGAGCUAUAAGCCAGCUGUGGAUAAAGAGAAUAGUUAUUAUCCAGCAGAAAAUCAUCCAAAUACUCCUCCUCGGGUUCUAAGCCAGAAAAUAAAACCGCAAGUUACACUCCAGGGUGGAGCAGCAUUUUUUGUUAAGAAAAGAAAAACUCUUAAAAAGUCAUCCCUGGAAGAUGAGUCAUUACCAAUACACUUACAGAAAAAUGAACCAGAGGUGACUGGAGAGGCUGUCCUGGAGGCAAAGCAAGUACCAAAGACCUUGUUUGUGGAAGAGAAAUUGAAUGUUGAGAUACUGGGUGCAAGAAGUAAAAAUAAAGAGAAACUAAGAGAGAAUUCCUCAGGUGCUGAAGUUUCCUCAAAAGAAUGUAAACUUGAUAAACAUAAUUUGCCUUCAGAGAAUUCACUUGGUGAGAACAAGACAAUUUCUUCUGAGUCUGUCAUCUAUCCCAUCUUCAGUGUUUCUUCAGUGAAUACAAAAAGAUCUUCACCUGAAGAACUGUCUUCUAUGGGAUCCACUACAUGUACUAACGUCUUGAAACAGUCAAUUGUGCAGAAAAAUAUGAAUUCCAGAGAUACAAAUAAAGGAGGAAAAGCCCAGUUUGUCAUUGACGCAGGUCAGAAACAUUUUGGGACAACUAUAUGUAAGUCUUGUGGCAUGAUCUAUACUGCUUCCAACCCUGAAGACGAAGUGCAACAUCUCCAGUACCACCAUAGAUUUCUGGAGGGAAUUAAAUAUGUGGGUUGGAAGAGAGAACGGGUAGUAGCAGAGUUUUGGGAUGGGAAGAUUGUGUUGGUCCUGCCACAGGAUCCAAGUUAUGCCAUCAAAAAGGUAGAAGAUGUCCAAGACCUUGUGGAUAUGGAAUUGGGCUUCCAUCAUGUUGUUCCCAAGUGUCCAAACAAAACCAAAACUUUCCUCUUUAUUGAUGAAAAGAGAGUAGUGGGAUGUUUAAUAGCAGAGCCCAUCAAACAGGCCUUUCGUGUUCUGUCAGAACCAAAUGCCACUAAAGAAUCUUCUAGAGCUUGGCAGUGUUCAGAUGUACCAGAACCUGCAAUCUGUGGAAUAAGUAGAAUCUGGGUCUUCAGAUUGAAAAGAAGAAAGCGCAUCGCAAGAAGACUGGUAGACACUGUCAGGAAUUGCUUCAUGUUCGGCUGUUUUCUCAACACUAAUGAAAUUGCAUUUUCUGACCCAACACCAGAUGGUAAAUUAUUUGCAACCAAGUAUUGCAACACCCCUAAUUUCCUUGUAUAUAAUUUUCAUAGCUAAAGACAUUUGCAACCACAAACUGGUUCUGUGUGGAGAAGGUCAGCUAUAUAACUAGUAUCAGAAUGAAAAUUAUAAGACUUGUACCCGUUACCAGUUUUACUUCUUAUAUGUUAAUUUGUUGAACUGUUUGGGACUCAAAGUAAAAAAGAUCUUUGGACACACUGAGUUCUUAAUUUUGAAAACUUGACAGCAAGGUGGCUUCUGCAGAAACUGGGCCACUUUAUUAAGGAACACAUGAACAACACACUUAGACUAUGAUUGUCUUGUGCUCCAUCAGUAAAGGCAAAUCUAAACACAGACAAUGAGAUAAUUUCUGAAUUUCUGAAUUCCUUAUGUAGCAUUCUCACUUUAUAAGCAUACUGUAGCAGCUAAGUUGAAAAUACUUAGUAUUUUGAAUUUCCUAUUUGUUAAUAAGAUAGCAGAAAUCAUUAUCCCAUAUCCAUUUACAUAAAAUAAUUCUAUAACUUUUAAUAUUUUAAUCCCUUAGGAAAUUAACUAAAAGCACACUUAAGACUGUUUUGGGUACUGUUAUCUUCUGUUUUUAUUGCAUGAAAAUGCUGGUAGGUAAUUAAAGUCAUAAACCAAACAGGUGAACCUAAGAACAUAAUGACCUUAUGGAAUAUGCUAUGCACCUGAGUGUAUUCAGAUUUUCUAGUAUAAUUUGGAUACUCAUUUGCAAAGCGAAAAAUUAAUCAGGUUGUUUUCAUUCUUAAAGAUCAUUUGUUUCUAGGUUGUAUUGCUCAUUGUAAAAUUGGUUCAUCUUUAGUCUAAUUUACCUGUAAUACUUCCAAAAAGAAUGUGGAAGUGUUAAAAUCAUCUGUAAUUACACAAAGAUUUUAAUGCUAUUUUCUGCACAAAAUCUUUUUAAAUGUUAUAUUAUAAAUUUUAUUAAUAUUAUUUCAUUGUUCAGAUUUGUGAGAAAUCAAUUAUAGUUGUUUUUUAUAAUUGUCAUUAUUAAUAUGUUUGUGUGUGCAUGUGUGCAUUUCAAGGUGCCUAUGUGGAGGCCAGAGAACAACUCUUGGGAGUCAGUUCUUUCCUACCAUGGGUUCCAAGGAUCCAAGUCAGAUGGCCAGGAUUGUGCAAGCACUUUUAUCUACUGAGCCAUCUUCCUGGCCCAGAAUUGAUAAAAUCCUGUUAAUACUCUCAAAUUAUUUUUAUCAUACAUAUCUUUGGGAAACAAAAAACAAAACUAGAGAAAUAGUAUGCUGAAAGAAAUAGUUUCCCUAUUAUCUUUGGGUGUAGAUACAUUGCUUCAAAUGAGUUUUGCAGCUUAAUUCAUUUGAUGUCUUAGGUUUUAAAUAUACAUUGUGGUUUGCUAUCGACACAUUUGCUAUGUUGCAAUUUGUUUCACACACAUAAGAGGUCUUGGUAUUUAAUAACAGCAAUGAGUAGAUGUAACUCAUGUACUUAGAUCUUGCUUCUAAUACCUUUUCAAAAAAAUCUGGAGUUGCUGGGUCAGAGAUUAUACAGAAUGAGCCUACAUCUUGUAAUAUCAAAAAGUUUAAAAAAUGAGUACUUUUAGCAGAUAACCCUGCCAACAAUAGGAACAGCUAGUAAUUGGUCAACAGUCAGUGUCACCAUGUUGAUAUUUGGUGGUUUGCUGUAUGAAGUCCUUAUAUAAGCCCAUGUGAACAUGAAAUAAACAUCAGACAACUCCCAGUUGAAGUCUGUUGCACAAAAUUUCUAAACCAUCAUACCCUGAAAUUUAGUAGUCAUGGGGUUGUGACAUCCCUGAGUGUGGCAUUUGAAUGGGAUCUUGGAACAGAAAAAGUAGUCACUGAAUAAUAAAUCUGAAUAAAGUAUGGAGUUGAAUUGCA